GCAGAUUGUCUCCAUGUGCGGCUGCAUUCUCCAGGCAAGCGCAGGAGAUGUUUGUGGGAAGCUGUGCGUAUUAUAGAUCCUCUGUCACUCCGGUGCUUCCUAACACACACACACACACACACACACACGCGCGCACACACAAUCUCACACACACCUCCCCGGGCGCACGGAUCACGCAGGACUACUCGUUUCCGUCUCCACGCUCAUGGAUUGUGAUGGAACCAAAUGGAUCUGAAGCCUCGUUUCUUUUUUACAAUUAUUGUAGCUCGACCCAGGAUUAGUUGGUGUGUAUGAAUUGAGCGACAGUGUGUGUUGUUGUGUGGAGAGAAAGAGGGCGCACUUUGUUGGGAGAAAGCAGUGGCACCUGUUUUCUUUGGGAUGUGAUCUUCAGGUUGAGGAGAAAGAUGCGCGCUUACAUUCACCAGCAUUCCCAUGCAUAAUGGCAGAAGCGGAAGUUUUGAGGAAUCUCAGUUUCGAAAGGGUUGAGCGAUGUAUGAGUGUGAUGCAGUCAGGCACUCAGAUGGUGAAACUGAAGAAUGGCUCUAAAGGCCUGGUUCGCCUCUUCUACCUGGACGAGCAUCGCUCCUGUAUCCGCUGGAGGCCUUCCCGCAAGAGUGAGAAAGCUAAGAUCACCAUUGAUUCACUCUACAAGGUUACCGAAGGUCGACAGAGUGAUGUCUUUCAUCGGCAUGCUGACGGAAAUUUAGACCCCGGAUGCUGUUUUACCAUUUACCAUGGCAACCACAUGGAUUCUCUAGACCUGGUGACAUCCAAUGCUGAGGAAGCAAGGACUUGGGUGACGGGACUCAGGUACCUGAUGGCAGGCAUUAGUGAUGAGGACUCAUUGGCCAAAAGACAACGAACCCACGACCAGUGGAUGAAGCAGACGUUCGAGGAGGCCGACAAGAAUGGAGAUGGGUUCCUGAACAUUGACGAGAUCUAUCAGCUGCUCCACAAGAUGAACGUCAACCUGCCUCGUCGCAAAGUCAAGCAGAUGUUUCAGGAAGCAGAUACAGACGACCAGCAGGGAACGUUAACAUUCGAGGAGUUCAGCGUGUUCUAUAAGAUGAUGUCUUUAAGACGAGACCUUUUCCUGCUGCUAAUGUGCUUCAGUGACAAGAAAGACCACCUGACAGCCGAGGAGCUGGGGAACUUCCUGCGGGUGGAGCAAAAGAUGUCUAAUGUGACAACUGAGUUCUGCCUGGACAUCAUCGAUAAGUUUGAAGUGUCUGAAGAAAACAAGCAGAAGGGCAUCCUGGGUAUUGAAGGCUUCACUAAUUUCAUGCGCAGUCCAGCAUGUGACGUCUUUAACCCUCAGCAUAAUGAAGUUAAUCAGGACAUGGACCAACCGCUGUGCAGUUAUUUUGUGGCUUCCUCUCACAACACCUAUCUGACUGGAGACCAGCUCCUCUCUCACUCCAAGACAGACAUGUAUGCCUGGGUCCUGCAGGCCGGCUGCCGCUGCGUGGAAGUGGACUGCUGGGAUGGUCCAGAUGGUGAGCCCAUGGUACAGCAUGGAUACACUCUGACCUCCAAAAUUCCCUUCAAAUCUGUCAUCGAGACCAUUGACAAAUAUGCCUUCAUCAACAACGAAUACCCAGUCAUCCUGUCCAUCGAGAACCACUGCAGUGUCCAGCAGCAAAAGAAGAUUGCUCAGUACCUGAAGGAGCUCUUUAAAGACAAGCUGGAUUUGGGAGACAUCUUGAACAAGGACUCCACACAGCUGCCCAGUCCCAACAGUCUGAAGGGCAAGAUAUUAAUUAAGGGAAAGCGUCUGCCCCCGUAUCUGUCUGCAGAUGCAGAAGAAGGCGAGGUUUCAGACGACGAUAGUGCGGAUGAGAUCGAGGAUGAUUUCAAACUGAAGAACAACACAUCGAACGGACCCACACAACACAUGGUCGAGUCCCAGAUGAGGAAGAAGCUCGACUCAUUGUUGAAGGAGUCUCAGAUCGUAGAUAAGGAGGACACGGACAGCUUCUCCAUCCGAGCACUGCUCCGAGCCACACACGAGGGGCUGCACAAGAACCUGACCAAGAAUUCCAAAGAAGGCCUAAAGAAGUCUCAAAGUCGAUCCUUCAUCAGCAACCUCAAGCAAAAGAGGCACUCCAAAUCCAGACUGAAAUGUCAGAGCGUAGACACAGAUGACGAUGGACAGGACACAGGAGGACAGUUCAACAGGGGUGGACGCAGGAGAAAGACAAUAAAACUAAGCCGAGACCUGUCUGAUUUGGUUGUCUUUACUAAUUCUGUAGUGUCUCAGGAGUGUUUGGAUGAGGGUCCUGUUGUAAACGUGCUGUCGUUCAGCGAGACACGAGCACACCAGCUGGUGCACCACCGAGCCGAACGCUUUCUGAGCUUCAACCAGCGGCAGCUCUCACGGAUUUACCCUUCUGCCUACCGCAUCGACUCCAGCAACUUUAACCCCCAGACAUACUGGAACGUGGGCUGCCAACUGGUGGCCUUGAACUAUCAGACAGAAGGCCGAAUGAUGCAGCUGAACAGGGCGAAGUUCAUGGUGAACGGAGGAAGCGGAUACGUCUUGAAACCUCCACCCAUGUGCAACGGUACCUUUAAUCCGUACAGCGAUGACCCUCUUCCAGCGUAUCCUAAAAAACAGCUGGUACUGAAAAUCAUUAGCGGGCAGCAGCUUCCUAAACCACCUGACUCCAUGCUGGGUGAUCGAGGAGAGAUUAUUGACCCCUUUGUGGAGGUGGAGAUCAUCGGUCUUCCAGUGGACUGCUGUAAAGAACAGACCCGGGUUGUUGAUGAUAAUGGUUUUAACCCGGUGUGGGAGGAAACCCUGUCGUUCACUCUGCACAUGCCUGAAACUGCACUCGUACGUUUUCUCGUAUGGGAUCAUGAUCCUAUUGGGCGAGACUUUGUGGGCCAGAGGACAGUCGCCUUCACCAGCCUCAUGCCAGGUUAUAGACAUGUCUAUCUGGAGGGGAUGAUGGAGGCAUCCAUCUUUGUCCACAUUUCAGUGCAUGAUAUCUAUGGCAAGUGGAGUCCUCUAGUCCUCAAUCCCAGCUUUACCAUAUUGCACUUUCUAGGAGCUAGCAAGGGUCGUCAGUUACGGGGUUUCCGGGGUCUGUUCAGCAGGGGUUCCAAGUGCUCCGUGGACACACAAAUUGGUGUUCUACCACGUAAGCGCUCUUUGAGUAACCACCUGCUGCGCAGAACGGCUAGUGCUCCUGCCAAGGGACGCAAGAAGACCAAAACGGUACUGUCCGAAACCUCGCUAGACAAGGAGGAAAGCAGCAAUGGGGACAUCAAGAAACCAGCUCUGGAGAAGAGAGUGGGCCCCAGGAUGGGCACCAGGAUGGGCCUCCAGCACCGGCCAGUCUCCAUGCCUCUGGAGAGGCUCCUGCAGGGCCGGCUUACCGUAUCCUCUUCCGAACAAGAUGGACCUGAUACUGGCACUAGCACUAUAAUUGAUUUGUUCCCGGAGAAGCCGAGGUCUGCUUCUGUAGAUCACCUUAUUGAAACCUCCUCAGAAAUCCCAGACGAUAAUACCGACUAUACACAACAAAUCCAGCCAAUUACCACUGACUAUAUAGAAACCGCUGAAACUUCUUACUUCAUGAUAGAAGGUUGUGGUGAAACCAGCACUGAUGUUCUUGCAGAACCACUCAGCCGGAGUUUGACCCUGCAAACCAAAGCUUCUUCUCAAGGGCCUACUAAAGGUCAUUUAAGACUCUUGGAUCAACGUGACUGUCAUGAUAGUUUGCAGACUGAGUUCCACCAAAGGCAAGAUCUUAAAAGUAACCAAAUAACCAAAGCAGCUUUACAUUCUGUCUCUUUUGUUUCACCACCCCUUCCACCUCCCCUUCCAUCCACAUUGCAUCAGUCUGACCAGCAAGAUCAGAAGUCCCUCUACGACAGUGCUCUCUCUCACCUUAUUGAUGCUGUGUCCCUAGGCAAUGAGUAUGACACUUGUGGCUCCAUAUCAGCUCUUAUUGGACAGUAUGAAGAUUCUGCUGAACAGAGUACUUUAAAUCAGUCAUCAGCAUCUCAGCCUCCUCAGGUGUCUGUUCAACCACUCAACAACAAGCUAUUCAGCACCCCACAAAAAAAAAAUAUCCAGGACUCUUUACAAAAAUCUCAACAACCUGAUGAAAAACACAUUGCUUGUAGUCCUGAGACCAGUGAAUCGACUGUCUUUACAAUUUUAGAUGAGCAAGUGCUUUCUCUUGUUUCUGCUUAUGACAUUCCUGAUCAGACCAUUUGCAAAAACUUAGAGAACUUGGAGUGUAUGUCCGCAGAUGGCAGCAGAGGUCCCACUAUUUCCAUGAUACCUUUCAGGAAAACAGUAGAAGAAAACAGUGGAUGGGACUCUCAUAGGGAUAAAAGUUACAAAGCCCAGUUCCAACCCCCUACAUUUUCAAGAAACUGGGAUUAUGGGAGUUACAAAGACACCUCGAUUAACAGCACAGCCUCCGAGCGUUUCCUCAUCUGUCAUGACUCAGCAAGCAGCAGCUUGUUGGAGGUGGAGGUCAGUGUGGACGGAGAUCCUUUGGACACAACUCUGGUACCAUCACAUCCAGAGUCAGGACAGAAUACUCUUUAUUUACCACCUUCAAUAAGCAAAAAGGCAUAUAAACCCACAGAGUCAUCACGGUUUCAUAGUUCUUCCCCACACAAGCCUUUUAUUUGCAGUGGUCACCUGCAUGACUACUCAAUUAACCAACCCCAAACAGAGCAGUUUAACACAAGUAAUGUUGCCAUAUCUGGACAUUUUCAACCUGGUAUAGUCAAUGGGGUUACUCAUAACAUCAGACACGUUGGGACUAAGGACAAAAAUGGUAUAAUUUGCAAAACACAGCACUUCCAGAAUGGCUUUUCAUCCUCAGAUUGUCUUUUAAGGACUCAAGACAUCAACUCUCAACAACAGAAUAAUUGUUACAUGCCUGGUUCUGUAAGUAACAUGAUCUAUAGUUCUGUGGAAUACAGAGAUACCGUUGUUCCAACAAAGCAAUAUUCCAAGUCCUUGCAACAAAACCAGGCUUUGAAACAAACCAAUUCUGAGAUAUACAAAGGGAUAUACCUUGUUGGAUCUCCAGUCCCAACAGCUCCAAGUCCUUGUAAGUCCAAGAGCUUGGGUGACUUAACAUCUGAAGAUAUCUCAUGCAACUUCCAGAGCAAAUACAAAGUGAUCAGUCGCAGCUUCAUCACUCCAGUGAUGCAAGACCACAAACGGAAGUGUGGGCGGGCUAAACAGCCACCAGUUUCAGACCCCUUGACAGAACAGCUUCGUAAACUGGUGACUUUAGAUGAAGUGGACCCCCAAUCCACUCUCUCUCAAUUGCGAUCUAUCCCUAAGUCUUUUUCUGCAUUGCCAUCAGUGCCACUGAAUUCCGUUGUUUCCACAGAGGACUCAAAUGACCCUCCUCCAUUCCUGUCACGGAAGCUUUCCUCGCGUAGCCAGAGUCGCGUGCGCCACAUAGCCAGCCGCGCCCGAGAAAAGCAGCAGGAGGCACUCAAGGUACGACCUGCAGGGGGCACUCCUGAUGUGGUCCUACGCAAUAAGGCAGUUUCUUCUCAAAAUCCCCCUAUUAAUAGGCAUUCUACUGGCUCAUACAUUGCUGGGUACUUGGAGCAGGUAGGCUUGAAGGACCGUGGCCUGCCUGAGGGAUCCUGCAGGACAUUUUGUUACGGUGCCCAUGAUCGAUGUUAUGCUGAUGACUCUGUCAUCCCUCACAAUUCCCAUUCUUCCUCUGAACCGGAAGUCUACUUCCUUUUAAGACUUUGAAAUUAUCUUCCUUUUUUGCCUGUAUACAAACUUGCUGCCAUUGUGAAUUUCCUUCCAGUUUUUUAAAACAUUUCUCAGACCAUAAGGCUGUACUUGUGCUGUCAGAAUACACACUACUGUACCAGCUCCCCGGAAAAUAGUGCACUCUUAGACACAAGUACAGGUUUUGAAAUUGAAGCUUCCAGUACUGUGUAAAUAUGACCAUAUAUCCUGGACAAGCAAGUUCCUGUCUUAGAUGCACUACACCAAACUAGUCUAAGUCAUGCUUUUAAAUGUUGCUGUUUACUGUAUGUAUUGUAGAAAUAAGUUUAAUGAUGUUUUUUUUUUUUUUUUUUAAACAUAAAUCUUCCAAUCUUUCGGUCUUACGUUUUGUCCCUUUUUAAAUAGUUAUUAAUUGAUUAGAGGGGCUUCCAUUCUAAAACAUAUAAAUUGUUGUAUCUCCUUUCGUUAUUUGUCGAUUGUGUUUGUAUAUUCAUUGUCAAAUUUGACCCUAUUUAAGGCCCUAUGGGUUUUAAAUCUGAUUAUUAUAUGUGGUGUUACAGCAUGUGAACUGUGGACAUAUUCAGCAUGACUAUGCACAGAUAAUAGGUAGACGUGUCUGUGCCCAGUUUAUGUAAAACAUUUUACUUUGUUUCAUGAUCACAGGACAAAAACCUGACAGCUAGUUUCGCUUACUCUUUCUUUAGGGCAAGAAUUUAUUGAUUAUAUUAGCUACUUUAGUUUCAAGAAGAAAAAAAAACCCUGUGAGGUUAAAGUUUUUAUUUUUGUAAUUGUUUUGAUACAGAUAGCAAAAAAAAAGACAUUUGAUGGUCUGAUUAUUUUUCUUUCUUUCAAAAAGAAAGUGUUUUACAGUUCUAGCACAACUAGCCUGUGGCAUUAUCAGGUAUGGGUUAUUACAACUUGCGUUUUUAUGUUUUUGUGUUAAAGGGCAUUCUUUUGAUUUUUGCGUUCGAUUUUUGCCAUUAAAAUGCUCCUCGGAAUUUUCUUACCAAUGCAAUAAAGUACUGUUUGUCAUUAAAUUCAA